AUGGAUCGGCGUCUCAGGGACACCUGCCCUGCUGUUGUGUACAGCAGAGGAGCCUUGCUUGAAAUGAGACACAUGAGCUUAAGAGAUCAUGCCACUGAAAGAAGCGGGGAAGGAGAGGAGGAGUCCGGGGGCACCUGCGAGCAAGGAGUGUUGGAAAAAUAUGAACUCACUAUAAUGAAAGAACUUGGAAGAGCAGUGUCAGGAAUAGCAUUUCUGGUGAAGAGUCCAGAUGGAGAUCUCUAUGUAGUCAAGGAGAUAUAUUACAGAGAUAUGAAGGAAAUGGACAAAGUCAUACAGGAAGUCGAGAUCCUGAAGAAACUGAAGCAUGGAUAUAUUGUUAAUUAUGAAGAUUCAUUUGAAGAUGAAAAAGCUGGACUCUUUUAUGUGAUGAUGGAGUAUUGUGCAGGAGGAGAUCUUUAUAAGAAGAUGGAAGCACAGAAAGAGAGAGGGAUUUUUACAGAAGAACAGAUCAUUGACUGGCUUAUUCAGAUUUGUCUGGCACUCCAGUAUAUUCAUGAGAACAAUGUCCUUCAUGGAGAUAUAAAUCCCCAGAAUGUUUUUCUGACUGAAGAUGAUUACAUCAAUCUAGGAGAUUUUGGCUGUUCAACAACAUUGGAAAGAGCUGAUGCUUAUUCUACAUCAGUUGUGGGCGCAGCACUCUAUAUCAGCCCUGAUGUACUUCAGAAUAAAUAUAAUUCCAAAAGUGAUAUCUGGUCAUUGGGAUGGUUGCUCCAUGAUCUCUGCAUGAUGGAUGUGUGGUCAAAUCCCAUACAACGUUACGUUCUACAUGCCUCCAGCCUAACAGGAAUCACCCCCAGAAUUGCUGAGACAUAUUCAGAAGAUCUAAAGAAUAUAAUCAGUCAAAUGCUCAGCUGUGACCCUAAAGACAGACCUUCAGCUAUUGAGAUUUUGGCAAAACCAUUCCUGAAAGAUGCAGUGAACAGAAACAGGAGAAUUCCAGACCAACUUGAAGAAAGAUUCAUGAAGUCCACUGAGAACUUUGAUGAGGCCUACAAACACUCAGAGGCCUUUCUGAAUGAAAUGGAAAAAACAGCAGAUUCACUAGAGGAGAUACAUCGUAAAUGCACUAUAGGCAGUUUGUCAGGUGCAGUCAUUGGAGCAGCAGGAGGAAUCACUGCAUUGGUUGGUGCAAUUCUGGCACCUUUCACUCUUGGAGCAUCUCUGAUUGUUACAGGCGUUGGUAUAGGAGUCAGUGUUGCAGGUGGUGUAACAGGUGCUGCAUCCAACAUUACAGAUACAAUCCUAAUGAGCACAGUGGCCUCCAUCAUCCGUAAAUGGAAGAAGAUUGGAACCACCAGGACUCUUCCUAGAGCUGGCUGCCCGGUCAAUCUGAGCGAUCGUGAGAGAAGGGCCUUAGUCAGGGAGGUGGCCAAGAACCCGACGGUCACUCUGACAGAGCUCCAGCACUUCUCUGUGGAGAGAGGAUAA